GCCUAGGGCCGGUGAAGAAAUCCGUUCACUCUCCCGUUUUCGCACUGCCCAAAAGACGGGGUUCUACAAGAUUUUGAAAAAGUACAAGCGAUGGACAAAGGAUACGAACCUUGCGCAUCGUUUUGAGGAUGAGGUCUGCCAAAAGCCCGAUAGUUUCUUUCAGCUGGAUCUGGGAAGUCUACUAGACCAAUACAUUGAUGUUCUUGCUGCCGUCCGCGCGCCAAUGGGCAACUCUGGUCCGUUGACUCCUUUUACUGGUUCAAGUCAAGGCGCAGCUGCUACUUUGGCCCAAGCGAUUGAAUCUGGUUCCGACGUAGAGUUUGACGUUGCCCUGUCUACAACUCCGCUCGGCUCCCGCGGAAACACAGCCAUGUACUGGAUCCACGUUGAUCACAUUGUUGAGGUUCAGGUUCUCCUGCUCCAGCAAUUGCGCCCCCAUUCUUCCAGGCCUGGUAGUUCCAGAGCCUCUCCCCAUGCGACUCCACAUCGACGGAUAUCCACUGCAACAGUUGACGGUUACUUCGGUAAAGAAGACGACGUCGGUAUGAUUGUGCUUGAUCAGCUUGAGUUUUUCGUCCCAAAACAAAACGCGAGCACGGUGAGUGCCAGUGAAGGAGCGACAGGCAGGACGCGAGCUCAGGCUGCAGGAUAUGUUCACUGGACUGGCGAAGAGGCAUCCGUCAUUGUUCGAGGCCCUGAAGGAGGGUUUGGGGGGCUCAAGACCGCCAUUAUCAAGCGUAAAUUAGUCGAGUCCUUCCUCGAUACACCCAACUCCUUCGCCGAUAUACCGGAAGCUGAAUCGUAUGAUGCCAACGGCAAGCAUGGCGAUUCGAAGAAAACGGGAUCGGUUCGUCAAUGGCUCUCGGGUCACAAAAACAUUAGGCCAAUAGCCGGAUUAUGCUCGAAGCGGACCCGCUUUGUAGGGUUGCAGAAUAGCUCUUCAGGUGGGAUCUGGGCAACACUGGAUAGGGACAUAGCCUUCAAAGAAUCCGUACAAACCGAUCUUUGUAGUCAUGAGUGGGCGUCAGAAGCACGCAAGGGAGCCCAUCGAUUCGGGCAUGCCGUGUUAGAGAUCCGGCGCGAGGGGGGUUAUCCAGAGUCUCUGAUCCAGCGACUUGAUAACAGUCACUUGGUUCAAAGGGUUCAUGGCUACUCACUGGAGACCCAUGCAGUAUGGUCCUGCCACAAACCUGCCGCCAUGUCGCCACCUGUUUGGAUAUCUCUGUUAGAUCAAGACCUCCUAAAAGUCCCGGCACCCGUGAAGAAGAGACGCAGGAGACAGGCAGCGACUGUCCCAGACACACAAUCCAACUCGUCGCGCCCCGAUACAUCACCAUCAGCCGCAUCCCUGACGGACGGCCAGUCGACCCCCUUUACUUCGAGGCACGACGAGACUCCAGGCACUUCAGCCUCUGAGAUGAUGAAUGUGCCCUCUUUGCAGGCCUUCCGAAAGAAGCGCAGGCGCCCAUUUGCCGAAUACCCUCCCCCUAUCGAAUCAGAGGAGCCUCCGCAAAGACAGGGCUACUGGAACGAAUAUGACAAUCCGGAAUCCGAAGACGAUGGAUAUUAUAUAUAUGUGGACCCUGACGCCUCCAUGGGGUUCCCAGGGCAAGAAAUGUUUGAAGAUCUUGCGCGCAAAGCGAAACGCUUCUUUUGGAGGAAGAAUACCUCGGAGCAAUCGCCUCUCCUUAUUGCAGCCGAAUAUCCAUCUAGCGACGACGAGUUGGAGACGGCAGGCGAGCCUGCUGCAAGCAACAGCCGCCGCCACAACUAUGGAGCCAUUGAUCCCGUCGAGGGACAAAGGAGUCAAGGUGGAUAUUGGAGUAGCCUUUUCCGUUCAUUCCGUGACCCAGCACGAGAUGCAGAAACGCUGGACUCGUUGCAUCGACAGUCCGCGCUCGAGAGACAAACUCUUAUGGCGAGGCUCCAAGUCCGGCAACAUCAGGGUGAAAUGGCCAAACUCCAAACCUAUAUUAGUUGUCUAGGGGCGGCCGUCGUUCUAGACAUAGUCUUGUGCGUGUUGGCCAAGACCAGCCGACGGAAGCUUAGAGGGGAGGUGGACGUUGCCAUCAUUCUCGGGACGUUGUGCAACCUGCUGCUGCUGCUCACCGCAGUGGUGACGAUCCAGACGCGACACGACCACAUUGGGUGGAUUCACCAGGGAACGGUUUACAUCAUGGUGAUAGGGAUGGUGGUUGUGGAUAUCUUGUUAUUUCGAUGGGCGUUGAACUUGUAAAUAGCUGGCACGCCUUGGCCAUCAUGAUUACGGCGUUGUGGGGGCAUUUGUGGGUUUCUUUUAGGCAUGUGGGCCCCUACCUUGGGGCCAUCACGAUCCAUGGGGGGUUGCUUGAUAC